GCGGCUUCCGGCGGAAUUGGCGGCGCGGCGGAACCGGCCGGGGAUCCCCCCACCAUGGAGAAGUUCGGGAUGAACUUCGGGGGCGGCCCCAGCCGGAAGGAGCUGCUGGAGACCAUCGAGACGCAGAAGCAGCAGCUCCUGCGCUUCCAGGCGCGGCUCAAGGACGUCGUCCGCGCCUACAAGAGCCUCCUGAAGGAGAAGGAAGCGCUGGAAGCCAGCCUGAAGGUGCUCUCCGUGUCCCACGAGGGGGACCUCGCGGUGCCACCAGCUGGAGCUGGGGACUCCCCGGAUGACCGGAGCUCGGAGCACAGCGAGGACAGCGUGGGGACGGCCGCCAGCACGGACACUGCAGCCAGCCUGACCAGCACGGCCAGCGUGACCAGCACCAAGGGGGAUGUGGCGCCUGAGGAGGACAAACCCGCGGCUCCCCCUUGCCAGAAACCAGAGGAUCCGGGCGGCUCCGAGAGCGGGGACCUCUGUGCCGGCGGCGAGUCCGAGCGGCGGCUGCUGCAGCUGAAGGCCCAGCUGGCCACACUGACCAGCGCCCUGGCCACCGUCACACAGGAGAAAUCCCGCAUGGAAGCGUCGUACCAGGCGGAGCGGCGGCAGAUGAAGCAGGAGCUGGAGGAGGCGGCCGGGCGGGCGCGGGAGGAGGCGGACAGGCAGGACGCGGAGCUGCGGCGGCUGCAGGAGCAGCUGGCCGAGACCCGGGCCCGGCUGAUCACGCAGCAGCACGAGCGGGAGCGCGAGCAGGGCGACCACGGGCUGAUGCUGCGCGAGCUGCAGGAGCUGCUGCGCUCCGAGCGGGAAUCGCGCCGCGACGCCGAGCGGGAGCUGCAGGAGUCCCGGGAAGCGCUGGCCGGCAGCGCCGGCGUGGCCGAGCGCGCCCAGGGCUACGAGCAGCACAUCCGGCAGCUGAGCCAGGAGCUGGAGGAGCUCAGGCGGGAGCUGCAGGGGGUGCGGGAGGAGAAUGGGAAGCCGGACCCCCGGAUCCAGGAGCUGCAGGAGGAGAUGGCCGGCCUCAAGAACCACUUCCAGCUGCAGCUGGUGCAGGAGAUGAAGAAGACGGCCCAGGCCGAGGAGCAGCUGCGGCAGCGCUCGCAGCGCGAGGAGCAGCGCGUGGCCGAGCUGGAGGCCCAGGUGUCCCAGGUGUCCGAGCUGCUGGGCACCUACGAGAAGGCCAAGCAGAGGGACCAGGGCACCAUCCAGAGGCUCAAGGACCGCAUCGUGCAGCUGGACCUGGAGAACAAGACCUUGGCCAUCGCCGCCUCCAGCCGCUCGCUGGGCGAGGUCGCCGUGGAGGAGGCCACGCUGGACGUGACCGUGCUCAAGGAGAAGAUGGAGAAGCUGCGGAAGCUCCUGCAGGCGGCGGCGGCCGCCAAGGGCCCGGUGGGGCCGGACGCGGAGGAGCCGCGGGAGCCGGAGCUGCCCCCGGGCACCGGGGAUGGGAACGGGGACAAGGCCCCGGGCGGGCACUGCCAGCAGGAGCUGAGGCAGCUCAAGGAAGAGUUUGAGCGCUACAAGGUGAGGGCGCAGCAGGUGCUCAAGAGCAAGGCCGGCAAGGACGUCGGCCUGGCCAAGGAGCUGGAGGAGGCGCGGGAGCAGCUGGCGGAGCUCCGGGACAAGCACGUGCUGCUGCAGCUGGCCGCGGACGACAUGGAGAAGCAGCACCGGCAGGAGCUGGAGGCCAAGAAGCAGGAGCUGUCCCAGCUGCAGCAGCUCCACCGGCAGGAGCUGGAGCGGUGCCAGCUGGAGUUCCGGGAGCGGGCGCUGCGCCUGGAGGAGGAGAUGCACAAGCAGCGGGACCGGGCGCUGGCCGUGCUGGCCGAGAAGGACCGGGAGCUGGAGCAGCUCCGCGCCCUCACGCUGCCCCACGGCCCCAAGGGCUCCCGGGACGCCGCCCCCGGGGACGUUCCCAGCCAGGACUCCUCGGAGAUCCUCCCGCAGGCGCUCCAGCUGUGCUCCGGCUCCGAGCCCACCUUCUUCCUGUACGCGGAGCAGCUGGCGCGCAAGGAGGUGGAGAUCGCGGCGCUGCGGAAGCACAAGCACCAGCUGGAGAUGCAGCUGCACCAGCUCCAGGGCAGGGCCCUGGCCGAGGAGGACAAGCACCGCGAGGAGGUGGCGGCGCUGCGGGCCGAGAUCCAGAAGAACUGCCGGGACAAGAGCAGGGAAGGAGCCAACCUGGAGUACCUGAAGAACGUGGUGUACCGGUUCCUGACGCUGCCGGACGCGCGGGGCCGGCAGCAGACGCUCACGGCCAUCCUGGCCAUCCUGCACUUCAGCCCCGAGGAGAAGCUGAGCAUCGCCAAAAGCUCGGCCCACGGCUCCUGGUGGCUCCACGGGAAGAGAUGAGGGCUGGAUUUGAUUCCCUUUUCCGUAAGAACUUGUUCACGAGGACUGACCAAAACCUCGUCCCGGCCACGCCCGGAGCUCUCCAGGAUCUGGGCUCCAGUUGGUGUUUUUAGCACUAAUUUGCAGUGGGAUUGUGCCAACUUUUCCAGCCCCAAAGCCUCUGCGGUGGGAAUUUGCUCCGAGUUGGGACUUGAUCUGAAAACCAUGGAAUUGAAGAUGCUGAGCUUUUUUAAAGGUGAUUUAAAAACAAUCCCUGCCUGUCAGGCGUGGGAUUGAGGGGAUUUCACUUGGAUCUUUAAGCUCCAGCCAGGCUGGUGACUCAGGAGAUGAAAGCAAAGGUGGGAAGCACUUUAGGUGGAGCUAAAAUAGCACCAGGCCAUGGAAGGCUCAGGGAGAUGGGGCUCAGUGCAGGAAUUCUUGGGCAUUUUCCUAGGGUCUUUUCCAGAGCCGGAUUGAACCAGUGGAUGCAGCUCCAGGCUCAUGCAGGGGCUCAGGCUCUCCUUCCUUCCCAGGGAUCCUCUCUGGGGUUAUCAGGGAUUCCAGGAAGGAGAAAGGAUCUCCCUGUGGGUGAUUCCCACCCCGAGGCGCUGCCGAGCGGGAAUCUGAGCUGCCUGACCCUGGCUGGGAGCAGGGGGCAGAGGAAAGGCUGGAAUGGGUGCCCAGCCUCUGGUUUUUGGGGGCUCCAAGGAAGUUUGGCUGCUCUGUGGUGCUGAUUUGGGAAGGAAGGGGCUGCUCUUGCUGGGGUGGGAGCAGCAGCGAGGGACAGGAGGUGACAGCUCUGGGCAGGGACCCUGGUGACAGUGACAGCCUGGCCAGGGCUCAGGAACCUUGAGGUGCUUCCCUGAUUUCUUGGGAAUUGGUGACAGAAGGAAGCCGGGACACCCUGGAAUGCCCUGGGAUGUUUCACUGGCAGCCCUGGAUUUGGCUCUUCCCAGCUCUGCUCCCCUGGGUCCCCCAGAGCCUCCUCACCUGCACAGGCACAAUCCCGUGUUUGGAAUUAAAUCCCGGCUGCUAAAGCUCGGCUUCCCCAGCCCAGAGACAGGGAUAGGUCUGGAUUAACACCCCAGGAGCUCCUGGAGCCCAGUUAAGAGCAGGUUUGGGAGCAGCUCCCGGUGCUGCACUGCCCAGGGAGCCUUGGGAAGGAUCCCGGGACAGGGACAAGGACAGGGACCUGCAACUUCCCUCCUUUCCUCCUUGGCUGUCCUGGUCCUGUGAGCAGCCAAAUUCCCUGGAUUCCCCUCUGGCCAUUGCAGCCCUUGGGGCCAAUUUCUCCUCAAAAAAGUCCUCAGGGAAAACAUGUCCCGGGCAGAGCCUGUCCCUGCUGGGAGGGGGACACAGCCAAGCCCUUCCUGGGGCUCAAUCCAGGGAUGUUCCCACUGGGAGCAGCAGGAUCCAGGUGCUGCCCUGAUGGAGGGAGCUGGGUGGGAAUGGGAGAGUUUGUCCCAGGAAUGUUUGAAGCGCUCCUUAAGGAUAAAAGUGCUGGCUCAGCCCAGUGCCUGCGCCCAGUUUGGAAAGGCUGAAUCAAGUGGUGCCUUGGGAAUGACAGGGAUGGCUCCAACUCUUUCCCUGGAGCCAUUCUCACAACUCCAGAGGGAGGUGGAGCCUCCUCCUGCUGCGGCCUCGCUGCUCAGGCUGGGGGGAUGGAUCCCUGUUCUCCCUCUGCUCCUGCAGGAUGGAGUGGCUGGGAAUGGAUCCCAGGGGUGCUGGGGACCCGCGUGAGGCCAGCUGGGAGCAGGGAAUCAGUGUGGGAUCCUGGGAGAGGAUCCAGCCGGGAGGACGCGGAUCCAUCCCUGUGCCCUCCGUCUGUCCCUGGCAGAGGAAGAUGAGGAAGCAGCUGCGGGGGAGCAUCCCCAGGAGUGCCCAGCUCCCUGUCACUGCCACCCUCCUGCAGCUCCCGGUGCCCUUCCUUCCUCUGCUCUCCCUCCUCCCCUCAGACCCUCCCCCACAUUCCUCCCUCCCUCUUCCCUCUCUCCCUUCAGCCAAUAUCCCUGAAAUAAAGGUAAAAUUCCUGUUUGA